AUGUUCUGCACCUCUCUUCGAAAGCGUCCUGAAUGGGCAACUGUUCCCAAUGUGCUCCUUUCUUCUCAAAAGCCACGAUGGAGAGAGCAAUCUCUCACAACCCACGAUCUCGCGAUCCCUGUUCCAAAUGGUGAUGGGCCCCUCGACACCUUCCUCUUUCUCACCCUUUCUCCUUCUGAUACGCAGCCACCAGCAUCAGCACUGGCCCGUAUCCAGCACCUCUACCAUCAUACUGGCGGUCGCAAUGUAGGCAUUGUCUUCCUGCUGAAUGAGAAGAUAGCCAAGGGAAAUGGGACGAUAGCCUUGAUGGAUCUACAAGUCAGCAUCUUCUCCACUCUCGAAAUGCCCAUCAUCCCCCUCUUCUGUCUCUCUACCCUUCAGAAAACCCUCUCAGACUUCCAGUUCCAACUCGUGCAGAAACGCCGGACUGCAGUACCUUCCCCUAUCAAAUCAGUCAUCUCUCUCCUUCCAUAUUGUACCAACAACCCACCACUUCCAGAACAUGCCCGAAAUGUUGUCAGUGACAUCUGUUACUGCUUGGGAGAUGUUGCUCGUGCUGCUACGACUGCAGAUGGACAGCAGGGUUUGAAGGAAUGGCUUGACGUGACGUUGCCAGGAGCUGCACAGGACAUCAUUGAUUUCUGGGAGGAAGAGAUCAUUGUGUAUUGA